CAGUGUGCGAGCACUCUUGCCGUCCUCACUCGUCAUCACCAUGCAGCGACCAGCAUCGCUUCACGUUUUAACUGCCGAGCAUCCCAUAUAAGAGCCAUGUCCAGCUCGACUAGUAUACGGUAUUGGCUUCAUCUUCCGCAUCAGUAAGGUUAUCAGAUAACACAACGACCUUACCAUGGCUUCCUCGUCCUCGACUAUACCCGUCCUCAUCUCCGGUGCCGGUCCCACUGGCCUUGCCGCUGCCCUCGUCCUCCUCCGUAAUGGCAUCGCUGUCCGUGUCAUCGACAAGCUGCCCGCCUUCAACCCAGGAACCCGCGGGCCUGGCCUGCAACCGCGCACGCUCGAGCUCUUCCAUCAGGCAGGGGCGCGCGAGAUCAUCGAGACCGGCCAGUCCAUGAUCCCGAUACGCACGUACAAGCCCGGGACGCUGGAGCCCGAAAAGGACAGGCUCGUGCAUAAGCCACGCGCGCCGAGCCCGCACUUUCCCUAUGGAAACAUAAUCCUUCUGGGCCAAAACAUGACCGAACACCAUCUCCGCGCACAGAUCGCAAAGUACGAGGUGUACGUCGAGCUCGGCACCGAGCUUCGCUCGUUUGAGCAGGACGCGAAUGGCGUCACCGUCCAUCUUAUCAAGAAGCAGCAAGGCAGUGAACAAGAAGUCGACGAGACCGUACGUGCGCAGUACCUUGUGGGCACGGACGGCGCGCGCAGUGCAGUGCGCAAACUGCUCGGGUGCACGUUCCUAGGCGAGACGCGCGACGACACACGACUGAUCACUGGGGACGUACGUAUCGUGGGCGAAGGUCUUGGGCGGGAUUAUUGGCAUCAGUUCGGGGAUGGAAUUGUGAAGAAAGGCCUGUUCCUCCGCCCAUGCAACAGCAUCGCCGGCGCCGAAAACGACGGCUUCCAGCUCAUGCUCGGCGGCUCAGAGAUUGAUAUCUCAGCGACGGUGGCCGGCGGGCGCGAGGCGAUUUACGCGCUCAUUCAAGAGCUUGUGCCGACGAAGCUCGAGUUCAGGGAGCUCAUCUGGUUCGGCGAAUUCAGGCCCAACAUUCGCAUGGCAGACAAGUUCGGCGAGGGGCGGGUGUUCAUUGCUGGUGAUGCUGCACACUGCCACAGUCCUGCCGGCGGUCAGGGUCUCAACUCCAGCGUCCAGGACGCCUUCAACCUCGCAUGGAAACUCUCCCUCGUCCUCAAAGACCUCUCCCCUCCCUCCCUCCUCAGCACUUACACAACCGAGCGUCUCCCCGUGAUAGCCGAGAUGCUCAACCUCACCACCUCGCUCUUCAACCAGACCACCGCAGGCGACGACCGCGCCUUCGAGCGCUCCGACCGCCUCCUCAUGCUCGGCGUGAACUACCGCACGUCCCCGAUCGUACACGACGAGCUCUCCCCGCCUGGCAAGCGCGAGCCCGUGCCCGCGUAUGGCGAGGCGAACGAGGCGCUCGAGGAUGCGCUCGUGGCUGGGGACAGGGCACCAGAUGCGCCGGGAUUGGUGGACGGGGAGGGGAGGGCGUAUAGGGUGUUUGAUAUUCUGAAGGUGGUGCGGCACACGGUGUUAGUGUUUGUGCCUUCGUUCCAGCAGGCGAAGGGAGUUGUGCAAGCGAUCAAGGGCAGGGAAAGCUGGGGGGACGUCGUGCGUCCUGUUGUUGUGCUCCCUGCUGGUGCCUCGAUCGACGAUGCAUCGCUGGAGGCGGAUGGCGUGCUGGUGCUGCGGGAUGCGGAGCAAUUCGCGUAUGCGGGGUUCCGCGCGAAGGAGGGCGAGAGCAGGGUGGUGAUUGUGCGUCCGGAUGGGUAUGUCGGCGCGGUGGUGAGAGGCGUCGAGGGGAUGGAGAGGUACUUUAGUGGAAUUUUUGUUUGAGCGGGCGGUUUUUGAAGGCGUAUAACUCAUUACCCGGGACAAUCAUAUGCAUUAAAUUCAGGAUAUAAUUAUGUACACAGAAUUUGUGAUUUUAUAUAACUCAGUUCGCUG